AUGGGGCACAAUUUCUGUGGAGAAUAUCAGUUCCUCGAACGCUUCCGAAUAGUCAACAAUUUUCCCAAAUUCAAAAUGCUGAAGGUCUUCUGCUUAUUCGCUCUGGUUGCGUUGGUAGCCGCUGCUCCAUCACCGGCCAACGAAAAGAAGAGUGAUGAUGACUUAGAAAAGUCGCCAUCUAUUGGAUUGGGAUAUAGCAGCUUCGGUGGAAUCGGAUUAGGCGGUCUCGGCUACAGCAGCCUUGGUUACAGUGGUCUAGGAUCAGUGGUCCACACUGUCCCAACAGUCGUUCAUAGUGCUCCCGCUUUUGUGCGCACUGUUCCAACUUACAGUACAAUUGGUACUGUCGGACUUGGUUUGGGCAGCGGCAUUGGUCUCGGAUAUGGACACGGUAUUGGAUUCGGACAUAAUCUGAUCUAUUAA